GGGGUAUAUCCGAAUAGAAAAGGCCCUUCUUUCAGCUAUGAUUUGACUUUCCAAAAACAACAAAACUAACAAAACUGGCCAUAUCCUAAAUUCAUGGGAACAGAUAUAUCGGAGCCGUUGAUUCUCAAAACGGAAAAAUUCGACGACGGAGCGGAGUCGGAGCGAGUUCCCGAAUGGAAAGAUCAGAUAAAGAUCAGAGGGCUAGUGGUGAGCGCCUUGUUAGGGACUCUUUUUUGCAUAAUCACACACAAGAUGAAUCUAACGGCCGGGACGUAUCCUACGUUGAACGUCGGCGCUGGAUUGCUCGGAUACUUCUUCGUAAAAUCGUGGACCGGUUUCCUGUCUAAGUUGGGGUUUCAAGUUUCGCCUUUUACUAAACAAGAAAACACUGUAAUUCAGACUUGCGUCGUCGCUUGUUACGGCCUCGCUUAUAAUGGGGGAUUUGGAUCGUACCUGAUUGCAAUGGAUGAAAGAACAUAUAAUCUUAUCGGUGUCGAUAACCCUGGAAACCGAGCCGAAGAUAUUAAAAACCCUAGGAUUGGAUGGAUGAUUGCUUUUCUCUUUGUUGUCAGCUUCCUUGGGCUGUUUAGUGUUGCUCCGCUUCGCAAGAUAAUGGUCUUGGAUCAUAAACUCACAUAUCCCAGUGGAACAGCCACAGCUACGUUGAUAAAUAGUUUGCAUAACAACUCUGGUGCUGAGCUUGUAGGGAAGCAAGUCAAAUGUCUUGGAAACUUUCUAAGCAUAAGUUUAGUUUGGAGCUGCUUCAAGUGGUUUUUCAGUGGUAUUGGAGAUUCUUGCGGGUUUGAUAACUUUCCCACUUUUGGUUUAAUGCUGUUCAGAAACUCGUUCUAUUUUGACUUUAGUCCAACCUAUGUUGGUGUUGGUCUUAUAUGCCCACACAUUGUAAACUGCUCUCUUCUUCUUGGGGCAAUCAUAUCGUGGGGUUUCCUCUGGCCUUUCAUUUCAGCACAUGUUGGGGAUUGGUACCCUUCUGGCCUAGAGAGCACUGAUUUUAAAGGUCUUUAUGCUUAUAAGGUUUUCUUAUCUAUGGCUCUUAUCCUUGGGGAUGGCCUUUACAACCUGAUCAAGAUAAUAUGUGUAAUUGCCAAGGAAAUGUGUAAUAAAAGCACCAAGGAGAGCAAACUUCCUAUUGUUCAAGAGGGUAUAAAUGAUCAGAGUUCUACAGGACUAAAAGAGAAGAGAAAAAGAGACGAUUUAUUUCUUAAAGACAAGAUACCUACUUGGUUUGCUGCUUCUGGAUAUGUGGCCUUGGCUGCUAUAGCAACAGCUACUAUUCCAAUCAUCUUUCCACCCCUCAAGUGGUAUCUGGUUUUGGUUUCAUACAUUAUUGCCCCUGCCCUUUCCUUCUGCAAUUCUUAUGGAACUGGACUUACAGAUUUGAACCUGUCUUUCACUUAUGGGAAGAUUGGUCUUUUCAUCAUAGCUUCAUUAGUAGGAAGUGAUGGCGGAGUCAUGGCUGCUUUGGCGGCCUGUGGGGUUAUGAUGUCCAUUGUCUCCACAGCAUCUGAUCUAAUGCAAGAUUUCAGGACCGGUUACCUAACUCUAUCAUCUGCCAAGUCUAUGUUUGUGAGCCAGUUGGUGGGAACAGCUAUGGGAUGCGUAAUUGCUCCACUCACAUUCUGGUUGUUUUGGACUGCUUUUGAAGUCGGAUCACAAGAUGGUCCAUACAAAGCACCUAUUGCUGUGAUAUACAGGGAACUGGCUAUUCUUGGUAUUGAGGGAUUUUCAGGGCUACCGAAGCAUUGUUUGCCUUUAUGUUACGGAUUCUUCGUGGCUGCUUUGAUUGUAAACUUACUAAAGGAUGUGACACCAAAAACAAUUUCACAAUUUAUUCCUGUACCAAUGGCCAUGGCCCUUAGUUUCUAUUUGGGAGCUUACUUUGCUGUUGACAUGUUUGUGGGAACAAUAAUCUUGUUUAUAUGGGAGCGAAUCAACCGAAAGGAUGCAGUGAAGUACGCUGGUGCUGUCGCGUCGGGUUUGAUCUGCGGUGAGGGUAUUUGGACGAUACCAUCAGCUUUUCUGUCAAUCUUCAAGAUCAACCCACCUAUCUGCAUGUACUUCCGGCCUUCGGGAAGUAGCUGAUGAAGAAAGCUAUUGGCGAGUUUUAUUUUUGUGUGGAAAUAUAUUGUAUGUAUCAUGUAUGCAGUGGGAUGUUUCUUGGAUUAUUCAUAUACUUCCAAACAUGGAGAUUAAGAGAUCAAUCUGCCCCAUGUAAAUUUAAUGGUAAUGCAUAUAUUUGUGUAA